AUGGUACCCGAGGUGUCUCCGUCGCACGUGUCUCUGUCGCACGUGUCUCUGUCGCACGUGUCUCCGUCGCACGUGUCUCUGUCGCACGUGUCUCUGUCGCACGUGUCUUUGUCUCUGUCUCACGUGUCUUUGUCUCACGUGUCUCCGUCGCACGUGUCUCCGUCGCACGUGUCUUUGUCUCACGUGGCUUUGUCUCACGCGUCUCCGUCGCACGUGUCUCCGUCGCACGUGUCUCCGUCGCACGUGUCUCUGUCUCACGUGUCUUUGUCUCACGUGUCUCCGUUGCACGUGUCUCGAUUGCACGUUUCUCUGUCACACGUGUCUCUUUCACACGUGUCUCCGUCGCACGUGUCUUUGUCUCUGUCGCACGUGUCUCUGUCGCACGUGUCUUUGUCUCCGUCGCACGUGUCUCUGUCGCACGUGUCUCUGUCGCUCUGUUUACUCUGUCGCUCUGUUUACUUUCUCUCCUCCUUUGGCGUUGAGCGAGCGCUACUGUAA